GGAUUCGGAUAGGAUAUCCACUAUACAAGGAUCCGACUACUUCACAAGUUCAACCUGUAACAUUACUAAGUCUAAUGAGUUAAACUUACGUCAGAUUCGGCGUAUAGCUAAUUUACAUAUAUAAGGCUUACUAGUAUCAGUUCUUCUCUAAAAAUUCCAUGUCUUAAUGUCAACUGCACAGAAAGAACAAUGGAUAUAAUCCCAAUUCCCCCAACCGACCAACAGAAGCCUAUAACUAGCAUCCGCACGCGGACCUUCUUCGUUUUGAAUGAUCACCUCGACGAAGAGAUUCUCAGGAAUUCCUUAGAUACCCUCAUUCGCGACCACUGGCAGAAGUUGGGUGCGAGAUUUGCGCCACGAAGGGACGAUGGACAGCUUGAAUAUCACCUCCCACUGACGUUCGAUGACAAUUAUGCGCUGUUCAACUGGACUUCUAAGCAGUACGACCACUCUAUAGAGAAAGUUCCGUCAUUCCCGAGACCCACUGCUCCUGAAAAGGGAAUUGCGUUACUCCCUCAUAUCCGCACCAUAGAGGAAUGGUUCAGACCGGCGGAUUGGCCGCUAGACUGCGAGCGCGAUGAACUGGACAAGCCCUUGAUCUACGCUCAAGUGUCUCUCUUUGUGGAUGCCACCGUCAUCGCCCUCAGUGUGCCGCAUGUGUUUGGGGAUCAGCUUGGGCUAGCGAACAUCAUCAAGGCAUGGAUGGGUAUAAUCGGAGGCGUAUCGCCACCCCCGAUGGUUGGGGUCAAGAACGAUAUUUUCGCAAACAUGAAAGACUACGCCGACUAUUUACCGCAGGAUGUGAAGAGAAAGGGACGAGUGGCGGUAAGGAGGUGGGGGGAGUACCCACUUGUUAUAUUGGGAUUAAUCCCCGAGCUUAUUCGAGAUCGGGUAGAGGACGCCUACACUGUUUUCAUUCCUGUUCCGCUGGUGGAAUCUCUACGUGAGCGAUAUGGCAAGGAAUUGGCGGAGAAGUAUGGUGAAAAUCCUGGCAUAACUAACGGCGACAUCGUGUCUGGUAUCCUUCUAAAGUUCACUCGGAUGGGCUAUGAGCUCCCUCAGAUGCUAUCGUUCUCUCAAACUGUAAACAUCCGCGGUCGCCUCCCGCAGCUAGACCAGAACCGUGACGCUUUUGUCCACAACGCGCUAGCAUACAGCACUGCCCGCUUCCCCAUGAGCAAAUCUACACCGCUUAGUGAGAUUGCAUACCAUACCCGCAAAGCCAUCAUUGAGGCGACCGAUCCACGAGACAUCGGUAUCAGCAUCGCCGUCAUGCAGGAAAUGGUACGCCGCGGGCAAGGGUCCCAUAUCAUCCGCCCAUUUGAAAAGUCCUAUUUCGUCACGAACUGGUCUGCCGCAUGGAGGGAAUUGGAUUUCUCUCCUGCUGUCAAGGAGGAUGAAAGGGAGCGCGAUGCGGGCGCGCCCGUGAAGGCGUUUGUCUUUGGGGAUAGCGGGACAGCAAGUAGGCCGCAGCGAUUCAAUUCGACUGUCAUGUGCAAAACUGAUGAGGGGUAUUGGUGUAACUUCAGCAUGUCAAGGAAGGCGUCUAAAUUGGUAGAGGAGUACAUCGUGAAAGAUCCUAUGUUAGCGGGCUUCUAAUUGUCUGUGGUCUCGUUUAAGCGUUUGGUUUGUAUAACACUGGAGGAUUUAGAAUGGUAAGAGUCAGGUAUGUGGGGAACGCGCCGUCGUCCAAAAAAAUGAACCCGGACCGCUGUAGAAACAACUCCAGGCGGAGCCGGAGAGAUCACGUCUGCAGCGUCAAAAAUAUGUCAUCCAUCGCCUGGUCCGUACGAGAAUUUAAAGGUCAGAACAUACGGCGGG